CUCAGCCUAUUUUCAAGCUGAGCAAACCUGUUGAGCGUCAGUGAAAAAGGGUGUUGGCGUCUGUCUGACUCAAGAGUACGUUCGUCUAUUGUGUGUCGCUCCAUGCCCGACAUUUCCUUUUUUUCCCCCUACACACAUCUCCAUUUGGGUUUAACGCGUGUCGGAGGUGAAAGAGUUUGAAGAUGGCAAAUAUCUCUGCUUUGAUUUUAUUGACAUCAGUUACGUCCCUUGUGUUCGCAGAGGAGCAGAAAGAAAUGGAGGAGGAGGAUCCAUUUACCUUUGAUUAUCACAGGCUACGUGUUGGGGGGUUGAUCCUGGCAGCAGUUCUGUGUCUGAUCGGCAUCACCAUCCUCUUCAGCGGACACUGCAGAUGCAAGUUCAACCAAGACAAAAGGAGGAGGUCAGGAAGCAACGCCGCCCAGCCACUCAACGACCAAGCUCGGGCCAGUGAGUGCUAGGAACCAAACUCCCACCUGGCAGCAGGUCAAAUCGACUUCCUGGUUCUGCAUCAAUCAAGAGAUGGAAAUUGAUGGGUGGAGUUGGCUUGUUUUUUGUCCAAUGGAGGUUGUUUUUUAGAGAGUGGUGCUGUCUUCCCAAGAGGGAGGUGGUACUGUGCCAUUGGAGAUCAGAGGUGUGCUGCUUUUACCUGUGUUGCUGUUCUCCCUUCCGCCCAUUACUCCUGUUUCUGCUCCGCCCAAUAUUCACACUGUAACUCACCACCAGCAAGCACACACAGACAGACAAAGCAGGACACGAUUUUUCCCCAAGUUCUUUGUAUUUAAACAGAUAACCAAAAGAUACUGUGUCUGUAAAAUAGGUACCGGUAGCCAUAAACUAUUAUAAUGUCAAUAACUAUUCACACACCUUUAUCUUGAUUAUUCCUAUAUUAACUUUUUAGUUGAAUGUAGAAAAGUGCACUGGUCUAUGCCGUAGAAUCUGUUGUAUGAUAAAUGCAAUGUUUUUUUAAUAGUACAGAAUAUUAAAAUGAUUUCAAUAAGCUGAUGAUAUAGUUUUGAUUGAGAGUGUUUGCCACCAAAACAACUUUAAUUUUAUUUUAGUUUGUUAGAUACCACACAAACAAUUACUGUCCCUGAAGAGGGUUUUCUCCCCAAUUGGCUUUUAGUGAGUCACGGUCUACAUUGAGAUGUUUCUUGGCAAAUGAGUAGAUGGUGUCUAUGUUUGUAAUUCAAAUUAAAAGAGUUACCUUUUAUGACUGUGUCCAAUGUUACAUUACAUUAUACAAAUAGAUGCUGAAUCUCUAAAUAAAAUAAGUCUGACAGGCUCCUCAAAUGUCAA